GCGCGGAGCGGAGCAGGGCGGGGGCGGCCCCGCAGACUCCCGGCGCGCCGAGGAUGAUCGGGGGGGGCCCUGCGAGCCCCCCAGCAGCCCAGGGGCGCCGGGAGCUGAGCUGCGGGACCCCCCGCCGCCGUCCCCCCCUCCCCAAGAUGUCCUACUUCACCGAGCACUUCUGGGGCGAGAAGAACCACGGCUUUGAUGUCCUCUACCACAACAUGAAGCACGGGCAGAUCUCCACCAAGGAGCUGGCUGACUUUGUCCGUGAGAGGGCUGCCAUUGAGGAGAACUAUGCCAAGGCGAUGGUGAAGCUGUCUAAGAUGGCCACCAAUGGGACCCAGCUGGGGACGUUUGCGCCGCUCUGGGAGGUUUUCCGCAUCUCCUCGGACAAGCUGGCCCUCUGCCACCUGGAGCUGAUGAAGAAGCUGCACGACCUCAUCAAGGAGAUCUCACGCUACGGCGAGGAGCAAGGCCGGGUCCACAAGAAGUCCAAGGAGGAGGUGUCGGGGACGCUGGAGGCCGUCCAGCUGCUCCAUGGGGUGGCCCAGCUGCUCCCCAAGUCCAAGGAGAGCUACCACAGCAAGUGCCAGGAGUACGAGAGGCUGCGCAAGGAGGGCACCAGCCAGAAGGAGAUUGACAAGGCAGAGCUCAAGUCCAAGAAGGCAGGCGAGGCGCUGCGGCGGGCGGUGGAGAAAUACAACAGGGCCCGGGCUGACUUUGAGCAGAGGAUGCUGGACUCGGCCAUGCGCUUCCAAGAGGUGGAAGAAGCCCACCUACGCCACAUGAAAGGUCUCAUCGGCUCCUACUCACACUCUGUGGAGGACACCCACGUCCAGAUCGGGCAGGUGCAUGAGGAAUUCAAGCAAAAUGUGGAGAACAUCGGCACCGAGAUGUUGCUAAGGAGAUUUGCUGAGAGCAAGGGCACGGGGCGAGAGCGACCAGGAGCCCUGGAUUUCGAUGAGUACCGGUUGGCCCCAGCGCAGGAAGGACCCAAGAGGAGCCGCAGUAAAGCUUUCCGGAUCCCUGGGUUGAGCCGGAAGGAGAGGGAUCGCGAUGCUGGGGAAUCCCCGGAUGCCGAGGUGGGCUGCCCGGAGGUGGAUGAGGACGGGUUCACCGUGCGCCCUGAUGCUGCCCGCACUGAGGCAGAGCCCCCCGGCUGCUCCUCCAGCGACUCCGACUACGACGAGGACGAGCCCCGCAAGUUUUACGUCCACAUCAAACCGGUGCAGCCCCGGGAAGCAGGGGGCAGCACCGAGGCCACCGUGGAGCAGCUCAAGGCCACCGUGGGAAACCUCAUCCUGCCCCCCAGUAUCGGGGGCACGGUCAAGAGACACUCGUCCCGGCAUGUGACAUCUGUGCCCCCUGCCCCAAGUGACACAGACCCCGAGGGGACGCUGGCAACAGGUGACGGUGCAGGGAGGGGGUGUCUGGCAGCCCAGAGCUCUGUUCCCUCUGUCCCUGGUGCAGUGAUCCCGGAAAAGCCCCCCCCAGACCCGCUGCCCCCCGCCGCGCUCUUCGGGCCGCCGCUGGAGUCGGCUUUCGAAGCGGAGGAUUUCCCGGCCCCCCGCUCCUACGUCCUCACCUCCUCCUCCUCCCCCUUCUCCUCCUCCUCCCCGGAGAACGUGGAGGACUCGGGUUUGGACUCACCCUCGCACCCCGCGCCCGGACCCUCCCCGGACUCCAGACCUUGGACCCCGCAGCCGGGGACGCCGCAGAGCCCCCUCCUGAAGCGGGGAGGCCCCCCAGACCCACCUCCGCCGCCACCCCCACCCACCAGCCGAGACCCUGGGGCUUGGGUGCCGCGGCCCCGCAGCCCCCGCCUGCCCGAGCCUCCGGGCUUCGCCGUCUUCAGCGGCCCCGGGGCCGACGGGCUGUGGGGGGACGGGGGGUCGGUGCCCCGCGGACGCAGCCGCUGCCCCAGCGGUCCGGCCCCCCGUGAAGCCCCCUCUCCUGACCCUUUUGGGGAGCCCCCGCCGUGGGUCCGACCCCGCAGCCCCGGUGGGGACCAGCCCGCUCCGCCUUGUCUUUCCUCAAACUCGACCUCCUCCUCUUCCUCCUCCCCGGCUCCGCCCAGCGGGGGGGAGUCCUCCAGCCCCUCUCCGUGGACCUGCCAAGGGUCUGGGAUGAGGCUGACAGAGGGUGACACGCCAGCGGCUCCCCCGCCUGAGCCGGCGCAGCCCCCCCGGGAGGUCCCACUGGUCGCUCCCCCUCGCAGCUCCCGCACGAAGAGGCCGGCGGCCGGUCCGGCUGCGGGCAGCAACAGCGACCUGUCGCGCUCGCUGAGCCCCUCACCCUCCUGGAGCUGCGGCCCCUCGCACUCGGCCCCCGCCAGCCUGGGCGAGCGGGGCUUCUUCGCCGUCUCCCAGCCGGCUCUCGGGCUGUCGCGGGGUCCCAGCCCCGUGGUGCUGGGCUCGCAGGACGCGCUCCCCGUGGCCACCGCCUUCACCGAGUACGUCCACGCUUACUUCAAGGGACACGACGCCGACAGCUGCCUGGUGAAGGUGACAGGGGAACUCACCAUGUCCUUUCCCGCCGGCAUCGUCCGUGUCUUCAGUGCGAGCGCGGCCCCCCCCGUGCUCAGCUUCCGUCUGCUCAACGCCGGCGCCAUCGAGCAGUUCCUGCCCAACGCCGAACUGCUCUACAGCGACCCAUCCCAGAGUGACCCCAGCACCAGGGACUUCUGGCUGAACAUGGCAGCGCUGACCGGGCACCUGCAGAAACAGGCGGAGCAGAGUCCAGCCGCCUCCUACUACAACGUGGCUCUGCUCAAGUACCAAUUCUCACGGCUGGGCCCUGGUGCGGCGCCGCUGCGGCUCAGCGCGCGCUGGGACUGCUCGCCCGGCGCCACGCGGGUCAGUGUCCAGUACGGGUACAACGCGGGUGCCCUGGCCCUGCCCGUGCCCCUCGCCAAUGUCCACGUCCUCCUGCCCAUGGACGAGCCCGUCACCAACCUGCGGCUCCAGCCCACAGCCAGCUGGAACCUGGAGGAGAAGAGGCUGCUCUGGAAGCUGCUGGAUGUCCCCGGUGCCCCAGGGCAGGGAGGCUGUGGCCAGCUCUCGGCCAGCUGGGAGCCCCUCUGUGGGCCCAGCAAGCCCAGCCCAGUGGCAGCCCAGUUCAGCAGUGAGGGCAGCACGCUGUCGGGUGUGGAGGUGGAGCUGGCGAGCGCCGGGUACCGCAUGUCGCUGGUCAAGAAGAGGUUUGCUACAGGCAUCUACCUGGCAGGGUCCUGACCUGCCUCCCACCAGACCCUCUGAGCCCCCCCCGGGCUUCCCCCUCGGUUGUGUGAACUUGAAACACUGGAUGGAGGCUGGCUGGGGAGGGGGUGCUGCCAGCUGGGAGCCCCCCAGCCCCUUCCCCUCCAGCCCCCCCCUCUGUGGCUGUCACCGUGUUGUCUCCUGCUGCCUGGCGGUCGGUCCCCCCGCCCCCCCAAGCUGUGAAGGGAGCAGGAGCUGCUCUUUUAUU